AUGGCGGCGCCCAUGCUGAGGUACCGUUUCUGGGGCUGGUGGCCCGGUACCCCAGGUCCGUCCAAAGUCCUGCGCCCCGGAUUGCGUAGGGCUCACUCGGGCACGCAGGGGGUCCUGGCGGCGCAGAAGGCCAGGGGUUUGUUCAAAGAGUUCUUCCCUGAGAGGGGGACGAAGGUGGAGCUCCCGGAGCUCUUCGACCGCAGCUCGGCUAAUUUCUCCCCUCAGACCAUUUACUGCGGCUUCGACCCCACGGGCGACUCGCUCCACGUGGGUCACCUGCUGGCGCUGCUGGGCCUGUUUCACUUCCAGCGAGCGGGCCACGACGUGAUAGCGCUGGUCGGGGGCGCCACGGCGCGCCUGGGGGACCCGAGCGGCCGGACCAAGGAGCGCGAGGCGCUGGGCGCGGAGCGUGUGGAGGCCCACGCGCGCGCCCUCCGCCGAGGCCUCGAGGCCCUGGCGGCCAACCACCAGCAGGUGUUCGCCGACGGGCGCCCCUGGGGCCGCUUCACCGUGCUGGACAACGCGGCCUGGUACGAGCCGCAGCGCCUGGUGGACUUUCUGUCGGCCGUGGGCGGCCACUUCCGCAUGGGCACGCUGCUGAGCCGGCAGAGCGUGCAGGGGCGCCUGCAGAGUCCCGAGGGCAUGAGCCUGGCCGAGUUCCUGUACCAGGUGCUCCAGGCCUACGACUUCUACCACCUGUUCCAACGCUACGGGUGCCGGGUCCAGCUGGGCGGCUCGGACCAGCUGGGCAACAUCAUGUCCGGAUACGAGUUCAUCCACAGGUUGACUGGAGAAGACGUGUUCGGCAUCACUGUCCCUCUGAUCACCAGCACGGCCGGAGCAAAGUUGGGCAAGUCGGCCGGCAACGCCGUGUGGCUGAGCCGAGAGAAGACGUCUCCAUUUGAGCUCUAUCAGUUCUUCGUGAGGCAGCAGGACAGCGUGGUGGAGAGGUACCUGAAGCUCUUCACCUUCCUGCCCCUUUCGGAGAUUGACCAUCUCAUGCAGCUGCACCAGAAAGAGCCGGAGAAGCGGACUCCUCAGAAGCGCCUAGCCGCCGAGGUCACGAAGCUGGUCCAUGGCCGGGAGGGCCUGGACUCCGCCAAGAGGUGCACCCGAGCCCUCUACCACAGCAGCAUCGACGCACUGGAGGUCAUGUCUGACGAGGAGUUAAAGGAGCUGUUUAAAGAAGCUUCGUUCUCUGAGCUGGUUCUUGACCCUGGAACAAGUGUGCUGGACACAUGCCGCAAAGCCAACGCCAUCCCGGACGGCCCCCGAGGGUACAAGAUGAUAACAGAAGGUGGAGUCAGCAUAAAUCACAGACAAGUCACAAAUCCUGAGAGCGUUCUGGUUGUGGGACAGCACAUUCUCAAGAAUGGACUUUCCCUACUUAAAAUAGGGAAAAGGAACUUCUACAUCAUAAAAUGGCUUCAGCUAUGAUGAAGAAUCAUCCUGUUCUGACUUGCCCGUUUUCACUCUGGAAGGAUAAGAAAGGUUGGCUCCAUAAUUUAUGCCUUGGCUUUUGCAAGUCAGAGCAAGAAGCUGGACUGUACACUAAGGCCUUGCAGUGCUCCCCAUAACUGUUCAGAAGAGACUGGUACUGAGCAGCCAGAACAUUGAUUCUUGUUUUCAGCUCUGGUAAGCAAUCUCUGAUGUGAUGCAUCAGUAACCUAUCAAACAUUAGAAAUGAAGAAUUUUAAAGUAUGAGUGCCUAUUAGGAAACCCAAAGCAAGUCAUUUUAAAAUGCAAAUAAGAGAGAAAACUUGUUAAUCAGCUAUUCUUGGCAGGUGUAUUGUUGUGAUACAUGUAUUUUGUAUAUAAGAUGACUUGUGGCUGGGGCAGUCAUCAGAAAGACCAAGGCAGCAGUAGAGGGUUGGGAUGUUCAGCUUUACUCCCCAGCUCUGGGGCAGGGACACAGCGGCUAGUACUGUGACUAAUGAUGCCUGUGGAGGAAGCUUCCACAGCAACUCUCAAGGACUGAGUGUGAAGCUUCCAGAGCUGCACAAGGAGUGUUCUGAGAACAGCGCUCCCAGUGGCGGCAUGAAGGCUUCACGCCCUUCCCCACACACCUUGCCCUGUGCAAGCCCUUCCUUCUGGCUCUUCAUCUGUAUCCUCUGGAAACGUGUAAAAAUUCAUUUUAGUGUUUUUGAAACAGUUCGUGCGUCACAUGGACUUUUCUAGAUAGCUAUCAGUGGUAAGAUUUUAAAUAAAAGUAAUUUUACUUUUGCCACCUAAUCAAGCUGCACAACCCUACCCCUUAAUCCAACCUGAUGACAUUGACAGCCAGUAGGUCAGAUGCGCAGGCUUAGAUGCUUCCAACUGACAUCUCAAGUACAGGACAAGUCUCCUGGGAUGGAACACCCAGCAAUGGCUUGUGACGCUGUCCCUAGGUCAACAGGGUUAGAACUGAGUUGAAUUAGAAGACGCCCAGCUAGGAUCCACUGGAGAAUGGCAUAUUUAAUGUGUGUGGGAGAAGACCCACAGAUCUGGUAUGAGAAGCACUCUGCUGUGUUAAGCAAAUGGGUGAGAUAGGAAAAAGCACUUUGCUUUAUUUUCUUAGGUAAUAAGAGCAGGAACUAAUCCAGUCUUAGAUUUGGGAAGUAUAGCCUUAGUCUGAAAAAGAAAAAGACAUAAAGUUC